AGAUCACGCGAGAGCUCUACACCGGUACCGAGUACGCCGACUAUUGGAUUAGCGAUAGAUACUUCAAGGGCUUUGUCGGAAUCGGAAUGGUCACGCUCAUCGUGGCCGUAGUGCUGAUGGGCAACGCAAGCUGGGAGAUGCAAAUUGCGACGGGAGCCGUCUACCUCCUCCUCAACAUCACAUACUGGGGUGCCUCCCUCUUGCCACCAGAUUGGUUCUGGGACCUUUCACACUACAACGUCCAAGAGAUUACUCCAGACGAUUGGCAAGGCACCCACGAAGGUUUGGGUAAAGAUACUCCAUCUUUCACUCAGACUCUCUGGUACGCAAUCCAGACCACCAAAAACAUUGACUGGGUGCUCUCCAGCGGUGCCGCACCAAAGACGAAAAUGUGGGAGCGAUGGCUAGAGGCAGCCUACGAGAAUAGGGAUAAUCCCAAUUGGGAUGCGGUGGGCGAGAAGAAUAGGUUGAUGGGUCAGCAUCAUUCCGCUUCUAUGGAUGCCAAGCUAGCCUUCAAGGCCACUAUUGAGGCUGGACCCAUCGUUGUGCCAGCCUCUCCCUAG